AUGAGAGUUGAGGAAGAGGUAAAGAAUGAAGACAAUAACGUUUUAGAAGUUGUUCAGAAAAGUGUAGAGGAAACCACCAAGACUGAGGUAAGAGAGAAAGAGAGGGAAAGGGAGAGGGAGAAGGACAGGGAGAGGGAGAAAGACAGGGAGAGGGAGAAGGACAGGGAGAGGGAUAAAGAGAGGGAGAGAGGAAGGGAAAGAGAAAGGGAAAAAGAGAGGGAGAGGGACAAAGUGAGGGAGUGGGAGAAAGAGAAGGAGAUGGACGUGAUGAAAGCCGAGAGUAAAGAGAAAAGUGCCGAAGAAGAAACAGAAGAUAAAUUAACGAAUAACCAACCUGUACAAAAGGGGCACGUCAGGAAACACCGGCAAAGAAGAAUUGGUAACUUAAUAAGCCAGCCAGGACUCGAUCCCUAGAUGAUAUUUAUAAAUGUAUUGUAAUUAAUAUAUUAAAUUUUGUAAUGCAUUGAA